AUGGCUAUGGCUACUGUACCACGGAUCCGGCUUGCGCCAAUGCCACAGUUGGCUGAGGCAAUAAAAGCCGAGGACGACUGGACCGGAACUAAGGACCCCAAAGCGCGUAGACGGGCUCAGACAAGACUCAAUACGAGAGCAUACCGUGAGAACAAUAUCCGCUAUCUCUAUGGGCUAUCUCACCGAUGCCUAGAGCUAAUAAUCAUGGUGAAAGGAAAACGCAAAGCUCUAGCAAAGAGCCUUGAAGCAUCAAGUGCCGCUUCCGGGGCACUGGUCAAAUCUGAAUUGCUGGUGGAGUAUUGGAACGAUGAAGAGCAAUCAGUCUCCACCGCCCCGGCAUCCCUUUUGAAGCACCUGUACAAUGCGAGAGACCCCUUGCUGCCAAGAAAAGACAUAAAGGAGAACUUCAAGAUCACCUUUCCCCUUUGCCCAGACCAUCUUAUUACACUCCUUCAGUUCAACGCCAUCCGCGCUAUAGCUCUCAACCGCACCUUGAUCUCGGGCAUCCUCACCACGCCACUUGACUGCGGUUCCGAUGAGGAGGUGAUCCAUGUCAUUCCCUAUCCCGCCAAGCCCGAACUGCUCCCACCAUCGCUGAUCCCUACUAUUCUUCAGCAAACAGUGCCUCAUCCCGACUGGAUCGACAGUUUUCCCUGUCCAGAAGCACGCGACCGCCUCAUCCUGGCCACCGGCACGUUCGACGAGGAUGACCUGUGGGCCGACUGCAUCGGCGGUCUGUUUGAGGGUUUUCCCGAUGAAGAGAUGGAGAGGCGCGGUCUCAUUGCGUGGUCACCGCCUUGGGAUAUAUCAGGAUGGGAGAUGUCAGAAGGAUUCAUGAGGAAAUGGGGCUGGAUGGUCAAAGGGAUCCCAGGACCGCUAGAGUCGACCAACCGGUGGCGGAUCCACAGGGGCGAUGACCCUUUGAUGGAGGAAGUUUCAAACCCUGCAGUGAAUGUCUACGGACUAUCAAGAGAGAGGACUUCUUUCACAGCCUAG